UGAGAAUAAACUCAGAUUAUAAUGUAAUUCAAUCAUUAUAAUCUGAUAAAUAACAAUUGUUAUAAAAUAAAAGACGAGGUAAAUCCCCUUUGAGUCGCACCGUGCGGAAGGCCGCCCCCUGUCGGCGGACGUCGGACUGCAGCCGUCACACAAAGCCUUUCUAGAAUAACCACUUCGGCUUCGGGAUAAAGUCUGAUCGUUUUGAUUAAGAACAUGUGACUUAACUUCAUAUGUAAUCUGCUGGAAACUGAAACGCGUUAAAUGCUUUGAUUAUCCAGAUUUGACCCAUCUUUUAGUCUGUUUUUAGAAAGGACCGGUUGGAAGUUGGAACGGACUGCGGCUCCCGGCCAAUCAGAAGUGAGUAUUUUUCGCGCUGGUCGGAGCAGAGUUUGAGUUUCCCGCUCGUGAUAAACCUCUGAUGGACUUUAUCACUUUUAUCCGUUGUGGAGGAUUUUAACAGCUGAGCUCAGUGGAUGGGAUGGAGGGCGUAGGAAGCUCCCUGCCCUCAAUGCCUGAGCCGGCCAGCCCGCUCAGCAUGAAGCCUCAGUCCGACCCCGCCCGCAAGGGCCGCACCGACCCCAGCACCGACCCCACUCUCCUGCUGGACCCGGCCACCCCGGUCCAGGACGGCGCUCUACAGAAGAUGGCGGCCCACAAUAACAACAACCACCACGAGCGGCUGAAGGACCUGACCUCCCGCGUGCUGAACGGCGACCAAGACAAGCUGCCCAAGCUGUGUUCCCCCCCGGACAUCCCCGUCCUGAAGGGUGCCGACGCCCCGCCCGCCAUCGCCUCCCUACAGCGCAAAGCACCGCCCCCCACAGUGGACCCGGGCCCGAAGGGGCAGCUCACCCAUCUGGCCGGCGAGUUUAUCUUCUCCGGGAGCGAUGAGGUGAAGAAGAGGAAGGGGAGGGCACCCAAAACCAAGCCUCCUGUAAAGUCCCUCCCCCAAACCAGUCCCACAAGGCCCACAACCUCCGCCACCGGCACCACCGGCCACCUGCCCAACGGCACCACCAGCCACCUGCCCAACGGCACCACCGGCAUCCUGCUCAUCGGCACCACCGGCCCCCUGCCAAACGGCCCUUCCAGCUUCCUGCCCAUUGGCACCACCAACACCACCGUUACCACCAGCCUCUUGCCCACUGGCGUCACCAGCCUCCUGCUCACUGGCACCACCAACACCACCAGCGUCUUGCCCACAGAAGCCACCAGCACCACUGUGGCCUCCUCCCAGCUGCCCCAGCUGUCCCUCCAGCAGGAGGUGAAGGAUAAAGAGGAGGUUGGAGAGGAGGCGACGGAGAGCCAGGGCAUUAAGGAGGUGCAGCCAGCGGUUGGAGAGAAGAAGACGGAGAGCGUUAAGGAGCUGGAGCAGGAGCAGGUGGUUGGAGAGAAGAAGACGGAGAGCGUUAAGGAGCAGGAGCAGGUGGUUGGAGAGGAGAAGACGGAGAGCGUUAAGGAGCAGGAGCAGGUGGUUGGAGAGAAGAAGACGGAGAGCGUUAAGGAGCAGGAGCAGGUGGUUGGAGAGGAGGAGACGGAGAGCGUUAAGGAGCAGGUGGUUGGAGAGGAGGAGGCCGAGAGCGUUAAGGAGCAGGAGCAGGUGGUUGGAGAGGAGGAGAGCGUUAAGGAGCAGGAGCAGGUGGUUGGAGAGGAGGAGACGGAGAGCGUUAAGGAGCAGGUGGUUGGAGAGAAGAAGACGGAGAGCGUUAAGGAGCAGGAGCAGGUGGUUGGAGAGGAGGAGGCCGAGAGCCAGGGCAUUAAGGAGGUGCAGCCGGCGGUUGAAGCUGUAAAGGAGCAGUCUGCUCCAGUGGUCAGCUUCUCUGUGGGUGAUGUGGUGUGGACCAAGGUGUCGGGAUACCCCUGGUGGCCGUGCAUGGUCUCUACUGACCCAGAGCUGGAGCAUCACACCAAGCCCAAACCCAGAGCCCAUGGUCCUCCAGCACUCCUGUACCACGUGCAGUACUUCGGGGACUGUCCUGAGCGGGGCUACAUCCUGGAGAGCAACAUGGUGCCGUUCCGUGGAGAGGAACAGUAUGAGCAACUACAACAGGCCAACAAACAGCCAGCCGUCCGUAUUGUCAAGAAGCAGGGCAACGCCUCGGUGCCCAGGAAGUUCCGCGCCCAGUGGAGCGAGGGCGUGGGCCAGGCCCGCGAGGCCCUCGGCCUGUCUCUAGACCAGCGCAUGGAGCGCUACUCCUACGUCUACAGCCCAGACGGGCUGCGCCUCAACCCCCACGUGGUGGAGCAGCUGGCCAGACCCCCGCCGGUGGAGGAGCUGAGGCCAGGGGAGACCCCGGCCGGGGAGCAGGGGGCCGCCUCCCGUCUGGUCCCCCCCCCCCUGGGACCGACGGCCCCCCCGGGCCCCGGCCCGUCCACAGGGCAGCGAGAGGCGGCGGCCAUGGGGGGGAGAGCUGGGAAAGGAGCGCAGGCCGGCCCCAAGAAGAGACGGAGAGGUCCCUCCAGCGCUGAAGACCACCUCCUGCCCGAGCCUCACAUACAGGAGUCCGGCUCCGCAGUGCGUCCGGAGGCGUCCGCAGAGGUUGGUGGGACUCUGCUGAAGAGGAAGAGGAAGAGGGCAAUCCAGAAAAACACAACCAACGCACUUUCAGCAACCCUCAGCAAACCAGACGUAGCAGUGAAGAAAAGGUCCAGGAAACCUCCAGCCCAGAACGCCCUCUCUGCCAAGAAGAAGACGUCCGCCAAGACUCCGGCAACGAAAAGUACAGCCGAGCAGGAGGACCAGAAGCCCAAGAGGAAACGCAACACUGGCAAACAGACGGACAAACCAAAGGUGGGGAAGCUAGAGACGCCCAAGAGGCAGAGGAAGAGGAAGACCACAGAGGAAGCUGCUGAACCGGCCAAGAAGAGGAGGAAAGGCUCUGUCUCGGUCGACCAAUCACCUCAGAAGCAGCCAAGCUGCAAGAGGAAACAGGAAGUGGACCCUCAGGCCACGCCCUCCAAGGCCAAGAAGAGGCGUUCCUCUCCCUGUCCCGAGUCAGAGGGCUCUGGCAGUGAGGAGCGUCCCGACUCGCCCAGUGACUGCCUGGACGACCCCAAGAAGACGGAGAGGCUCAGCGGAGCCAGGAAGGAGCUGGUCUGCCAGGUGUGUGAGCAGCCCGCUGAGGACCUGCUGGCCUGUGAGGGUCCGUGUUUUGGGAUGUUCCACCUGUCCUGCUUGGGUCUCACCGUGAGGCCAGAGGAUAAGCUCCUGUGUCAGGAGUGUACGACAGACAUCCACCCCUGCUUCGUCUGUAAGCAGACCGAGGGUCCGGCGGCUCUGGGGGCUGCGCUGCGGCGCUGCUACGUGCCCAACUGUGGGAAGCUGUACCAUGAGGCGUGCGCCCGCCUCAACCCGCUCAGCGUGUUCGACCAGCGUGGCCUCCGCUGCCCGCUGCACACCUGCCUCAGCUGCCACCUGGGCUGCCGCUCCAACGGCAAGGCCACCAAGGGUAAGAUGAUGCGGUGCCUGCGCUGCCCGGUAGCCUACCAUGUAGGAGAUGUGUGUGUGUCGGCCGGCAGCCAGGUGGUCACCAGCACGGCGCUGGUCUGCACCAGCCACUUCAACGCCAAGAAGGGCUACAGCCACCACAGCCACGUCAACGUCAGCUGGUGCUUCGUCUGCUCCAAAGGGGGUCAGCUGCUGUGCUGUGAGUCGUGUCCGGCCGCGUUCCAUCCGGACUGUCUCAACAUCUCCAUGCCCGAGGGCAGCUGGUUCUGCAACGACUGCCGGGCCGGGAAGAAGCCCAAGUACCAGGACGUGAUCUGGGUCAAACUGGGCACCUACAGGUGGUGGCCGGCAGAGAUCCGACACCCGCGCACCGUGCCCACCAACAUCCAGCACCUGCGCCACCAGAUCGGAGAGUUCCCCGUCUUCUUCUUUGGCUCCAAGGACUUCUUCUGGACCCACCAGGGCCGGGUGUUCCCCUACAUGGAGGGCGACCGCGGCAGCCGGCACCAGAAGACCAACAUAGGCAAGGUCUUCAAGAACGCUCUUCUGGAGGCGGAGGAACGCUUCAAGGAGACCAAGCUGAAGCGAGAGACCAAGGAGGCUCAGGAGAACAACAAGAAACCUCCCCCCUACAAGUUCAUCAAGGUGAACCGGCCCUGUGGGAAGGUGCAGGUGAGCACGGCGGACGUGUCGGAGAUCCCCAAGUGUAACUGCCGUCCGUCGGACGAGCGUCCGUGCGGCUUCGAGUCGGAGUGCCUGAACCGCAUGCUGCUGUACGAGUGCCACCCCCAGGUGUGCCCCAACGGGACCCGCUGCUGCAACCAGGACUUCAGCAAGCGCCUGUACCCCGACACCAAGAUCAUCAAGACCGCCGGCAAGGGCUGGGGCCUAAUCUGCCUCCGCGACAUCAAGAAGGGUGAGUUUGUGAACGAGUACAUCGGGGAGCUGAUCGAUGAGGAGGAGUGCCGAGCCCGGAUCCGGUUCGCCCAGGAGAACAACAUCUCCCACUUCUACAUGCUCACCAUCGACAAGGACCGGAUCAUCGAUGCCGGGCCCAAGGGCAACUACUCACGGUUCAUGAACCACAGCUGCCAGCCCAACUGUGAAACGCAGAAGUGGACGGUGAACGGAGACACCCGGGUCGGGCUGUUCGCUGUCUGCCCCAUCCCAGCAGGUACGGAGCUCACCUUCAACUACAACCUGGACUGUCUGGGCAACGAGAAGACGGUGUGUCGCUGCGGGGCGCCCAACUGCAGCGGGUUCCUGGGGGACCGACCCAAGACGUCCAGCGCCGCUCCCUCUGAGAUGAAGGUGAAGAGGGUGAAGAGGAGGAAGAGGAGGAGUGAGGGCAAGCGGUCGGAGGACGAGUGCUUCCGCUGCAGAGACGGGGGACAGCUGGUGAUCUGUGGCAAGAAGAGCUGCACCAAGGCCUACCACCUGGCCUGUCUGGGGCUGGCCAAGAGGCCCUUCGGGCGCUGGGACUGCCCGUGGCACCACUGUGACGUGUGCGGGAGGGCGUCGAAGGCCUUCUGCCAGCUGUGUCCCAACUCCUUCUGCAGCUCCCACCAGGAGGGGGCGCUGCAGGAACGCCCCCCCCCCCCCCUCCUCCUCCUCCUCCUCCUCCUCACAGCUGUGCUGCCUGGAGCACGACCUCCAGGACUAAACCACCGGGACUAGACCACCUGGACGAGACCUCCAAGACAAGACCUCCAGGACCCCCCUCUGGACUAGACCACCUGGGAACCCCCUGGACUAGACCACCUGG